AAAUGAAAGCCUUUUCAACCCUCUUGCGCAAGAAUAAUAAAUCAGCUAGCAUUGUUAACGCUGCUAGAAACUUCUCAACAAAGAAUAAUACUACUCAAAUUGCUAUUACCAACAGAGAUGCUGCCAACAAGGCUUUAGAUGAAGAAUUGGCCCGUGAUGAAAAAGUUUUCAUUUUGGGUGAAGAAGUUGCUCAAUACAAUGGUGCUUAUAAAAUUACAAAGGGUCUCUAUGACAAGUAUGGUGCUCAUAGAGUCAUUGAUACUCCAAUUACCGAAAUGGGUUUUGCUGGUAUUGCUGUUGGUGCUGCUAUGGGUGGUUUGAGACCAGUUUGUGAAUUCAUGACAUUCAACUUUGCUAUGCAAGCUAUCGAUCAAAUUAUUAACAGUGCUGCUAAGGGUCGUUAUAUGAGUGCUGGUCAAAUCAGUUGUCCAAUUGUUUUCCGUGGUCCAAACGGUGCUCCACCUGCUGUCUCUGCUCAACACUCUCAAGAUUAUGCUGCUUGGUAUGCCAACUGUCCAGGUUUGAAGGUUGUCUGUCCAUGGAGUGCUGAAGAUUAUAAGGGUUUGAUGAAGGCUGCUAUUCGUGAUGAUAACCCAGUUGUUGUUUUGGAAAGUGAAUCUUUGUAUGGUCAAACUUUUGAACUCUCUGAUAGUAUUUAUAAUGAUAAGGACUUUGUUAUUGAAAUUGGUAAAUCAAAGGUUGAACGUGAAGGUAAGGACAUUACCCUCGUUGGUUAUGGUCGUGCCAUGAAUCACAUCUUUGCUGCUGCUGAUAAGCUCGCUCAAAAUGGAAUUAGUGCUGAAAUUAUUAAUUUGCGUACUAUUCGUCCAAUGGAUAUGGUUCCAAUCAUUGCUUCUAUUAAGAAGACUAACAGAUUAGUUACUGUUGAAGAAGGUUGGCCAACUUGUGGUAUUGGUGCUGAAAUCAUUGCCCAAGUUAUGGAAUCAGAAGCCUUUGACUAUUUGGAUGCUCCAGCUUACAGAUGUACUGGUGUUGAUGUUCCAGUGCCAUAUGCUGAAAAUAUUGAACAAGCUUGUUGGCCAAAUGCUGAUGUUAUCAUUUCUGCUGUUAAUAAGACUCUC